CGAAUUAAAUGGAACUUAUUUCCGAUAUCCACUUCGAACUCCUAGAGAUGCUGAGGAUUCGUUGAUUUCAAAGAAAGUGUAUAGGCCAGAAGAAAUUUUAGAUAUGUUUGAGAGAUUCUACGAGAAAGAAAGCAUUGAUUGCCUAUUAUUCUUAAAAUAUAUUGAAGUCAUCAAAUUUUACGAGUUAAAAGAGGGUGAAAAGGAGCUAAACUUACUUUAUGAGAUUUCCCUUGAAAAUGCAGAUGAAAUUAGAACGAAACGUCAGUUGAUCGUCCAAAAAAUCGUACCGAUGAUGGAUUUAUUGGACACAAAAGAUUCUAAUAAAAUUGCAGAAUCCGAAUUAGAGUCCACAUUCACUGCAAACUUUUGUCAGCAAAAGGGUCAAAGGCGAACGAAAACGAAUCUCAUGGUGGUGGAUAAUUAUUUCAAGGAGCAUUUUAAAAGGGAUAUUAAGGAGCACAAGUUUGUUCCGAACGUUGGCCUUGCCAUGCGGCUCGAUGAUAAAAUGACCAACGGAACGCUUUUCUGUUUUUUACCAUUUCCAAUUUCCACACCUUUCCAGGCCUCAAUACACGGAUAUUUCGCG